UGUUUUCUUGCUCAUACUUUGAUGACACAUAUAACAGAGGAGCACUGCAUCAGGUUCCCAUGGCCCUCAAAACCGAAAGAGAAAGCAGAGCUGCUGGGAUAUAGGAGGUGCUAGUUUAAAAGUUCAGCAGUCACAGGACUCAGCAGCACAGACCAGCUGAGCUCAUCAGAGCAGCAACUUGGCCCUCUCCAGCCUAUUUCAGCCCUACAGCCAACCAGAUGGGCAGCCUUUAAGUGCAACCAGCAUCCUUCAUGUGACCCUCAAGUCUCUCCAGAAGCCUGUGGUGAAGAAGAGCUCCAAGGGGAGCUACAAGAAGAAGUGAAGUAUUGACCAGGGGAAGGGGACAGGUUGGUUUCUGGAUGCCGUGACCUCUUUCCCUGCUGUGUGUGUGCUCCUCCUGGCUAUGACUGUGUGGAGAAGAUGUCUGAGACAGAAAAGCUUUAUGCUUGUGCACAUUAAGCACAGGUGCCCUGCUCCCAAGUAUCCAGGGAGACGGGGAGUGGGAGGGGGAUGCUGAAGGGUCUCUAAUGACCAGCACCGCAGCCAGGCACUGAGUACAGACUGAGUGCAAUCUCUCCUGGCCCUCUAAAAGCUCAUGAGGCUGUACCAAAUCCACAGGCAGGUAUGGGGUGAUGGCCUGGGACAUGCAGGACAUUGCGAUGGUAAUACCACUGGGCAAUGGGUAGUGAAGGAAAGACAUCAGGGCCAACAUUUGAACUACCGUCUCGAGGGAAGACGGUAAAUGAGUCACAAGAGAUUGUGCUUGGUAAAGGCAGGAAAGGGGUUAUUUGCAGAGACGCAAUGCAGAGGCCGAGCUUGAAGCUAGGGUCUCUGAGCAGCUUGCCCUGUGUUCGUGCCUCUGUGCAGGAUCAGGUGGCCAGCACGAUGAUGCCACGUGGCUCCGCCACCAGCAAUAUCCCUGAUACCACUUUCCUGUUUCUCAGCGUGAAGCAGAAGCCCGCAAGAGGGCACUGAGGGCAAUCCACUUUUCUGGGUGAGGAGACGGGAGUCAGGUUUGCCAGGCAGACAGAGAGGAGCGAGGAGGAUGGCAAUGGUGGGUCUGUCUCCCACCUCCCAGGCCUCAGCAGAGGGCCAGUAGCUGCAGUGGGUCCAGGGUGUUUCUUUUGUUGUGGACAGCUGCCUGUCUACAUGGGACCAGGACAGGCUGUCCUGCUGUCUGCCAGCCUCAGCAAGGAGCAGGACUGUGGGCAAUCUGCCCUGCUGUGCCCAGAAACGUAUGGGCUUGCAAGGGCCUCGGGGACUUGUGGAUGCUGGAAAUGAGUGGCAUCGGGGGCAUCAGGUGUUACAGAGGUAUUGGUGGGCAGGGGGAAAGGAAAGAGGCAAGGGGAUCCUUGCACUUCAGACCCUGUCAUGCCUGCAUUUCACUCAGUAGUCCAAAGAUCAUAAGGGAUGUCCUUGUCUGCCCAGAACUGAAAGAAAAACGUUUUCCCUGAACAGCUCUUCACCCUCUCCUUACCAGACAGCAGUGUUUUGCUCCCUUCCUAUCACUGUAGUUUUCUGACAAAUGCCUCUGCUGUCCAACAUGACACCACGGUGCAAAGGACAUGUGUGGGGCUAAGCGAGCGACACCGCCUUCCCAGUGCUGGUCCAAGCACGCAACAUCGUUAAGCCACCUUUGCUGUGGCCAAAAACGCGCCCCUCUGGACCCAGUAACACAUGCACAGCACAGUCAGAGGCAGGACUGAGAUGCUCCUGCUUUACUUGUGAGGGGAGUCCGGAGACCUCAGUGACACAGACUCAGAGAACAUCUUAGAACCAAGGGGUCCCCUCCUUCCUGUUUUGCAGCAGGCGUCCCCAGAGCAGGCUUUACCACAGAAUCAAGAGAGCAUGUGAGAACCAGGAUGGAUCUGCUGCAACAGAGGUGUGCUGGGCGCUUGCUCUGCAGGCUGAUCCUCCUUGAGUCUGUGGUGACCUUGGCCUUGAUGCUCUACGCACUGCUGUGGGAAGCCGGCAACCUGGUUGACCUCCCUGACAAACGCAUUGGCUUUUACAACUUCUGCCUGUGGAAUGAGACAGCUGGGGAGCUGCAGUGCCUGGACUACGAGCAUUUGCAGGUGAUGGGCAUCAGCCUACCAGGAAUGGUGCUAGCCACGAUUUGUGUGUAUGGCUGCCUGGUCUUCAGUACCUUCUACACCAUUUGUGUUGCUUAUGUGGAGUGCACAGAGGACAGAGAGGGCUGGAAGGUGAUCCGCAUCAUGCCCAUCAUCAAGACCAUAAUCCUGUCUGGUGGCCUGGGUACGUUUCUUUUCCAAACCUGGCACUGGAUUCACCUCUCUGACUUCACUGGGGGCUUCCUGGCACUGCUUGGGACUCAGGCUCUGCUACUGCUCCAAAUUCUCACUGUUACUAAGUGCCUCAGCUGGGCCAAUCACACACACCCACCACGUUAAAGCCCUUUCACUGAGGAGGCCCUGCCCAUUGAGGUUUGAUGGUGAAGAAGAUGAAAGAGCUAUUGAUAGUGUGAUUUAAAAAUGUAAUCCCACUGCAGCUUUAGUCACUGGCAGGAAUCUGGUCCCAAAGGCCCAUGCCCAGUGAUGCUCUGGCACAUGGCUGUGCUUGGCGCUCCUGCAGCAAGCAGACGGCAGACACCAACACCCAGCGUGGAAGCUUCCUGGCAACAGCAACGUGUAUCAUACCCUUCGGCCUGGGGCACAGCAGCAAAGCAACAGCAUGUGUGGCCCUGAGCCAGAGGACAGUGAGGAGACAGAGCCGAACUGGCACGCAGUGGGCACAGCCCUCUGACCAGAUCUAGCCUAAGUAUGGGCAGGCAUGGCAGCCAACAGGCAUCCUAUCUUGGAGUUGCCCAAAGAGACUCUGCUCCUUCUCUGCCUCCUGGACUACCCAGGGAUGCCUUUGAGGCAACUGUGACUUCACGUGCUGUGGUGUCACACUGCCAUCACAGCAGUGGUAGCCCCAGAGGUGCACUGCAAAUACUCUUCAGCAGGAGCACCUGUACUUCACCUGCUGGAAUACACCAUCUGGAGUGACUCUGCUUUAGUUCAUUCGAGUGAAGGGGGCCACAUCCAACCCCAACAGCAGCAGAGCACCUGGAGAAGCAGCCCACCCACUUGCUGACCACAACGCUGAGGUGAUGUCCUGGGUUUGGCUGGAACAGGCUUAAUUUUCUGGAGAAGGCACAGCCAGGAUAGUGGACCCAAAGUGGCCAUGGGGAUAUUCCACAUGCCACCCUGGGGUCAGGCUCACUGUAUGACUGGAGAGCUGGCCAGACGGGGCAGGGAAUCACAGCUCUGAGCGGGCUGAGCAUUGGGCCCCAGAUGGUGAGCAACUGCAUUGUGCAUCACUCGCCUCGUAUAUUCUUUUGUCAGUAUUACUGUCAUUAUUGUUUCUCCUCUCCUUGUGUUGUCCUAUUAGACCACCCACAUCUCAGCCCAUCAGUUUUACUGUUUUUUUCUGACUCGCCUCCCCAUCCUACCACGGGCAGAGAGAAGGAGUGAGCAAGCAGCCUAGUUGCUGGCUAGGCCUAAACCACGACAGUCCUUUUUUGGCACCCAACACGGGGCACAAAGGGUUGAGAGAACCACAGAUCUGAACAGAGCAUGCUGAAACAAGUUUGUUAGACCCAUUUCUUCUAUUAGUUAAAUAGUUGCUGGUCACAGUAUCGGUUUGUUUAUUUGUUCACAUGGUGGCCUUAUGUAAAUCCUUAUAUGCACAAUUUAUUCCCUGCAGUGAUGCUUUAUCACCUCUGGGAGAGGUAUGAGGACUGCCGUUUUGCUCUACUGGGUAAUACCGACUUGUCGCAGGAUCCUGUGCCGGGUUGUUCUGCCUGCACCUCGGGUGCCUCCUCUCGGAACUUGUUAGUAAUUGCACUCAAUCUCUGGGAAAGACCCGUAAGGGUUCCUUUCCUUCAACUCCCCUUUCUCCUUCGGGCUAAUUAACAGCAGCUUUUGAGAACUGGUAGUGUUCUUGGGAUGUUCAAGUUAGCGUGCUUUUUGUGCUGUCUCCUGAAUGCAGCAUUUCAGAUCUUGUUUAGGGCUACAAAGACAUAUAUAUUUUUUUCACACCAGCCCCAGACCUGCCCCCACAAGGCUGGGUGGUGGUGGGUGCCAUGACAUCUGGGUGAAUUUGGGCAGACAGCCAUAGAAUUUCUCGCCUCCACUCAUUUGGAACUUUGCCCCCAAACAACUACAGGACCCCGAUAAAACAUUUGGAAGGAAAAGGCUGUGGCUCUUCCAAAGGGGCACAACUUACCACACUGUGCUGCACCCUGGUCAGUAACUACCAAACUCUGCUCAGUAUUACACAGCACCCUCAGGGGGAAGAGAGGGAGCUAUUCUGACCGUGGCAAGCGCUGCAGCUACUCCAGCCCCAGCGACAGGCAUGGUGGUUACUCAAAUCCUGGCAACAGGCACUGCAGCUGAACCUGUGCCAUCAGUCACCCCUACAAAGAAGAAAUGCACAAAACACCCAGUUUGCUUCUUGAGAGAUUGUAUUGAGGUUUCCUGGUAGCAGCGGGUAGAGGGGCUGCAGCGGUGGCACCCGUCAGAAGCUGCUAGAAGCAACCCUGGCCCUAAGUCAGGCCCAUCUCUGGCCAAGGCUGGGCCAAUCAGGCACCUUUGCAAUAACAUUUAAGAAGGGAAGAAACCUGCAGUGCAAGUGGGAUCGGAGAGAAACGACCAUGUGGGCACCAAGACCAGUAAAAAGGAGGAGGUGUGCCAGAGCAGAGAUCUCCCUGCAGCCCACAGAGAAGCCCACGCCGGAGCAGGUAGCAGUGCCCGAAGGCAGCUGUGACUCUCGGGGAAGGCUGUGCUGGAGCAGUCUGCUCCUGAAGGACUGCACCCCUUGGAAGGGACCCACGCUGGAGCAGCUGAUGAGGAGCUGCAGCCCAUGGGAAGGACUCACACUCGAGAGGCUUGUGAAGGACUGCCUCCCGUAGGAGGGACCCAUGCUGGAAAAGGGAAGGACUGUGGGCCCUUCCCGCCCUGGGGAGGAAGGAGUGGCAGAGACCAUCUGUGACAAACUGACUGCAACUCCCCUUCCCUGCCCUGCUGUGCUGCUGGGCAGGAGGCGGCAGAGAAACCAGGAGCAGACCUGAGCCCAGGAAGAGGGGAGGAGUGGGAGGAAGGUGUAUUUAAGAGCUGGUUGUACUUAUCAUUUUACUCUGGUUUUGAUCGGUAACACAUUAAAUUUGUUUUGUUUUUCCCAA